UGGAAAUGGAAAGAUGCUUGGCUAAUCUACGCUUGGAACUUUACAGGUGUCAAUCAUGGGAUGUUCAGCCUCGAUUGGGCACUACGCUCAAGCGACCGACCCAGAAUUCGAUAGAGGGUUUGUUAUCUUGCUUCUUGGAACGGCCAACUGUGGGAAAACAACGCUUUUAAAGCAGAUGAAAAUAAUACAUAAAAAUGGUUUUCUUGAUGAAGAAAGGAGGGAAUAUUCUCUCUUGAUUAAAAACAAUAUUUUGGAGAGCAUGCUCACCAUAGUCGAUAUCAUUAUGCUGGAUUCCGAGUUAUGCUUUAAAGAUACAAUCAAUGAGGACAGUGCCACACAGCUGAAGCACAUGCUCAAUCGACCUGUGGACCAGAUAGACAUACUUGCCAACCUUUCUAUCGUGGAGACCUUACUAAACGACCCAGCCGUAGAACAAUGCAUGUUCACACAUCGCUCAUCGAUCCCGAAUUUCGAGGCUGUUAGUUACUUCUUCAACGAAAUUGAGCGUAUAUGCUCAGAUGAUUUCAUACCAAACAAUGACGAUAUACUUCAUACUAGACUAUCCACAACAGGGGUUAAUGAAGUUAACUUUGAUUUUGGCAGCCAGAAGCUAACUCUGGUCGAUGUUGGAGGGCAAAAGACCCAGAGGGACAAAUGGGCUCGUUGCUUCGACGGGGUUCACUGUCUUAUAUUUUGUGUUUCACUGGAUGACUAUGUACGCAAUUCAAAGGAUAACCCAAACAUGACGGCGUUGGAUGAAAGCCUAGAGGUGUUUGAAAAGAUUGUCAAUAAUAACUGGUUUAAAAGUAAGGAGAUCCUGAUUUUCCUCAACAAAAAGGACAUUUUUGAAAACACACUAAAUCGUCAUCCUCUUUCAAGAUAUUUUGCAGACUUUGAUGGUAAUUCAGAGAGCUUUGAUGACUCUUACAAAUACAUUAUGGCUUUGUAUUUAGCACGGAAUGAAAACGUAGAAAGGAACUUGUAUAUCCAUGCAACAUGCGCUGUUGACACAAGAAAUGUGGAAUUGGUAUUUUGUGUCGCCAUGGACUCAGUCCUAAAGCAAGGAGCACAACAGUUUGGUCUGUUUUAAAAGGAAAACUCUAGAAACAAAGAAUGACCGAAGAAACAGCUAGCGAGUGCAUUUUGGAAAUACUUCGAUGAUCGGUAGAUUGCAAUACAUUUGCGAAGUGCUGCUGAACAGCAGGAAAAAUUGAGAGAGUAUCAUUAGAGAAUUUUUAAAAAGCAAUUGCGAAUCAUUAGGUUCUUGCUGAGAAAUUCUACAAAUCAUGUGAGAACAGAAGCAUAGAUGACGUGUUUACAUGACUUUCUCACAAUUCUGUUGACUCAUUUUGUGGAGAUCUUUAUUUGAGAUUAUUGGGAGAAAUUUGACUGUUAAUUUUUAGCCAUUUUUCAACUCUAGAGGUGGGGUAGGCUCUGCAGCACUGGAGUUCCCUUGCCUCUCUUAACGUCUUAAAAAUUGUUACAAUAUCACCCAUAACGUACAAAUUUCUCAAGUGUUACACCUGUGAUUGGAAAUAACUAGUUCUACCUGAAGAGAAAGAACACAAGAUAACGGAGAACUCUCUUGAACAGGAGUGGCGGCAUGGGGGGGCAAGGGGGGGCUUUAGCCCCCCCUAGAUUUUUGUUAGUCCCCCCGUCGGCAGCCAAUCAAUUUUUGCUUUCUCAAUACCGUCGGCACUUGAUGGAUGUCACCCGGUUUACAUGUUGUUUAAAUGAAAUAAAUAAUCGAGGAGAAAACUGCACUGGCUGGUUUAUGGUUUUCUCAAUGGCUUUUCUUCGGCAAUUUUAUUAUCAAAGUGGCAUUAUAUCCUGUCGCUUCCGUGAAAGCUGUGACUUAAUUUCAUGGUGCUCCUUCGCAUGACCCAAAAUACCAUGGUGCUCCUCUCGGUUGAAAUUCCUGUUGCUGCUUGGAAUUCAGGCGAAACGUGCAGAUGCUUGAUUUGGAUCAUGUUUUGGACCGUUUCAAGGAAAUUUACCCUAACAACAGCAAAAUCACGCUGUCAUAAAUAAAGUCUUUAAUGAAUUUUCUUCUUAAGGGAUUUUCUUUUCGUUUCAAGACAUUAUUAUUGCCAAUGAAAACAUUUCGAUCAUGAGCACAUUUUGCGUAAUAAAUUUUUCAAAAAGCACUUCUUGUCCUUUUUCAUAAACUAUUUUUCAAUAGCAUUGUUCACCGCAUAGCUUGCGACAAACAAAUGGUUUAGAGAAAACCAUUGAUUAACUUCUUCCGCCAUAGAUAGGAAGAAAUAUUCAACAAUAGGCAAUAUUUGCGCAUUAAGUUUCUAACAAGGCACAAAUUGCCGAGAAAAUCUGGUGGACUCCGACACAGGUUGGAAAGUGGGGGACGGGAAGGGGGCAAGGGAGAAUUUUGCACCCACAACAAAAGAUUUUGGAAAAAUGCUCUAUUGCUCAAUAGGAAAUUUCAGGUAAAAUCCGCUCGGUGGAAGAAACGCUUUAGGUAUUUCAGAGACCUUCCUGUCAUAAAAUCAAUAAAGGAUCAAGCAAUCUUAGGUAAAAUUGUGCCUCGUGUUCAUUUCUCCUAAAGUUUCUCAGUAGAAGCGUCAACUGCAAUUCACUAUGAGCUCCACAUUCAAAAGGCAUGCUAAGAUGGAGAGAGGGAUCUAAAUUUAGAAGUAACUGACAACCUGGUAUUUUUCAAGACCACGGCGAAAUUGUUGUUUUUAUCUGCUGUAAAAAAGUUUUGCAAAAAGACAAUAAUUUUCAAUGGGAUUAGGAGGAUUGCUUUAGUGGAAUCUGCUUAAAAGAGUACAUUUUCCAGGGAACUAGAAGCACCACAAUUCGAAAAUUUCCUCCCCCUUCGGCGGCAACCAUGGUGCCGCCUCAGGUAGUAACUAUAUAUUUUGCCCGUCCCGAUAUAGAGAUUUGACAAGACUAUUAGGAAAGUCGGUUAUCUUACAGAGUUAGAUUGACAAAAUGUAUUGCAGAGGUUUGUGGCACCAGCUAAAAAGUUUCAGGCAAUAAUUUUUUAAUCAGGUAAAUUUGCAUUCCCCCCCCCCCCCCCCCCAACGAGGCUUGCCUCGCGACGGCCCUGCCUGCUAUUAUAUGGGGCAAAUAGAUUUUUUUUCUGUCGGCAAUUUGACACAUCCAGCGUCGGCAGUUACGGAGAAUAUAAUCUUCGGCACCUUGAAGGUUUGUCUCUAGCGCCACCCCUGCUCUUGAAGUAGAAGCGAAGUAUAAUGUUGUUUUUUGAAUCGUAGAAACAGUCUUUUUUCAAAACACUUAUUGUUGUUUUCACAUAUUAUAACUAUAUUAAAUUGUUUUACUUAUAGGUUAUCUAUGGAGGUUUUUCAUUUAAGUUCAGUCAGCCUGCUGUGUGUCUUAGUUCUUCAAGAUGUGGUUUCGUGUUAGACCUUCAAGAUAUUACGACCACGGGGCCCUCAAGGACUUCAUUGCCAGGGGUGGGGUGUAGCCUAGAAGACUUAGAAUAUUCAAUUAUAUCAAUGCUACUCGAUAAUCUACUUGAUGGGGACCAGUUUGAUUUGCUUUUCACUAAUGACGAAUUCGAAGAAUAGGACAAUGGCUGCUUAGGGAAGUGUAAAGUUUGUAUAUCCUUCAUCAGCGGUUAUGUAGAAUAUCAACGGGAAGCACCACCCCUGUUGGAAUACAUCGUGAAAAAUAAAAGUAACAGUCUGAAUUUUUGUCAUAGUAAUAAAAGAAAACAAGUUUUGUCAUCGUAAAAGUCUUUCAGUAUCAUAAUAUUUUCAUGGCAAAUGUUGAGCUAUUUCUGGGAAAAUUCAUCAAGGUCA